AAGAACAGAUGGUCCCCGCAAAAAAAACAAAAAAGAACAAAGAACAGAUGGUCGAUAUGGUUGGGAAGAUGACUUCCUUCUUCCUAAGUUGAUUUGUCCAUAUGUACCGCCUUUUUGUUUUUAAAAACAGCAUUAUGUAUACCGCUUGGCCACGGCUAGCUACUUAAAAAACUGCAUGAGUUUCCAUGCGCAGCGGCCCAUCUCCAAUUCGCCACCACAUCCACAUGAAAACAUGCUGAAACCAUACACGUACUUUAAACUAAACGAAUUGGGAGUGAGGCCCUGAGAUGAUGUGGUAUGGAGACAGAAAUUUUAGCUGUUCAUUUGCGAUCCAUAUCCGAAACCAUGUGCGCCUGCUUACCAUGGAAGCAUACCAGGAGCUAGCUAGCUAGAGAUCCCGGAAACUACUGGAAGGCAGCAAGCACGCGCUUGCACGGAAACUUAGCGAGCGAGCGCGCGCAACCGAUUCCCGAGACCACCUUUGGCCUGAUCGGUUCACGGGUUCGCAGCCACGCCGCCGGCCGGAUGCUGAAUUUCUUCUUUUGGCUGCAUCGCCCGCCAGCGGAUAUAAAUAGCUCGCCGGUGCAACCAUUCGCUAGCUAAGCUCCCGUCAUAGACAGUUCGUUAACAACAAGACACCACCUUGUGUAUGGGUAAGGGGAUUCGCGUCAAAAGGCGUUUUACUGAAGAGUCGGUCAUGGAGCACGAAGACGCGCCUGGAGUUGCUGGUGGCGGUCCUGCUCCUGCCGACGACCUUGAGGCCCUGGAGCAGCCGGAGGAGAUCAGCGACUCUGAAUCGGGCUCUGAGUCUCUCGAGAUCUCCGAUCUGAAGAAGCGCAUGUGGAAGGACCAGAUGCUUCUCACGAAGCUCGAGGGCCGAGCCGGUGCCAGGGGCGUGGCGGGGCCACCUUCCCGGACAUCGUCCACGGCGUCGUCGUCCUCGGGCUCCGGCCUGCAGGCCGAGGAAUCGCUCGAUGUGCAGUGCCGGCGCAAGGCCAUGCUCCGCGCGCAGGACGGCGUGCUCCGGCACAUGCUGAGGAUGAUGGAGGCCUGCAACGCGCGCGGGUUCGUGUACGGCGUCAUCGACGAGGCCGGCGAGCCCAUGUCCGGCUCCUCCGACAGCCUCCGCGGCUGGUGGAAGGAGAACGUCAGCUUCGACCGGGCCGGGCCAAUGGGCCUGGUCGGUCCCGUGGGAGACAGCCCGCUGGGCCUGGCCUCGUGCCUUUACCGUCUCCAGGACAUCCAGGACAGCACGCUGGGCUCCGUGCUCUCGGCGCUCAUCCAGCACUGCGAGCCGCCGCAGCGGAGCUUCCCGCUGGAGCGCGGCCUGGCGCCGCCGUGGUGGCCGACGGGGCACGAGCCCUGGUGGGGCACCCAGGGCGAGAUGCAGGCCUACCAGGGCGUGCCGCCGUACCGGAAGCCGCACGACCUCAAGAAGGCCUGGAAGAUCUCCCUGCUCAGCGCCGUGAUCAAGCACAUGAGCCCGCGGUUCGACCAGAUGCGCAAGCUCGUGUGGCAGUCCAAGCGGCUGCAGCAGAAGAUGAGCGCCAAGGAGUCCGAGACAUGGUCCAAGGUGCUCCGGCAGGAGGAGGCGCUCAGCGGCCGGCUCAAGGCCUCGCUGCAGAUCUCGCAGCUCGAUGAUGACGAGGAGGAGGAGGAAGACAAGAAGGACAUGGGGGAGAAGGAUGACCUCGAGGGCGUUGGUGUGCAGCAGGACAAGCGCAAGCGCGAGGUCUCGCGCAGCGGCAGCGGCAGCGGAAGCUCGGUUCAGAACGAGAAGUAUACCCUGCAGCCAACUGCAGGCGGGAGCAGGGAGCUGACCAUAAUGUUGCCCGAUCAGCUCGCGGCUACAGAUCAGGCGAGCCGGAGCCCGAUCGACGAGCUGAUGAAGCUGUACUACAGCUGCAUUCAGGGGGCGGGCGAAAGCUAUGGUGACCGAGGGAAGGAGGAGGAUAUGGCGGCGUUGGUGUCUCCAUUGGUGCUGGGAGGUGCCAUAGAUGAGGUGGCGCAGGAUGUGCUGUUUGACAUCAUUGGGAGCUGCCCGGAAGUAGAUGACGUGCUACGCUUGAUGGGAGAGUGACAUAGUCUGUUGCCCCAUUCUGUGUUACGCACACUUAUAUCAGUCAUGAUUUGAAUAGCGCUGAGGAUCGGAACAGCAAACUUGUGCGGAAAAAAGAUACCGUGGGAGUUAAAUUUCUCUUUUAAGAGGAGCAUCGUCGGCCAAAACUUCCUCUACUUGUACAAUCUGGUCACACACAAAAAAAAAACAAGACUUAGGAAACAGAAACAGAAACCUCUCCCGAAACUCA